UAUUUCUUUUAUAAUGGCGACUAUUAUAAAACUUACUUUGUUGACUUCGCUUUUUUCAGUUUUACAAAUAAAUAAUGCAAAAGGUGAAAUCAGUGGUCGUUUGUUAGAUGAAAAUCAAGAAACUAUAAUGGACCCCGAACUGCAGCCUACAAAUAGCAAAGAAUUUCCAGUGGCCGUACAAAAUUCUUUACCAACACAUCCGAGGAGACAUUCAAAAGCCAAAAGACGCAUGAAAAGAAGAUUCAAGUGUCUAUCAUGUGAACCGCCCUGCCACAAUGCAACACAAGAUGCACACAAAUGUUUAAAUGCAAUACAGUGCUAUAAAUCACGUAUACGUGACUCCAAUGGAGAAGAGCGAGUCAAUCGUGGUUGUAUCAUGUCACCAGACCAGAUACCUUUAUACUGUAAACAUAACUUAAGAAAUAAUAUCGGUGGGCCACGCAAAAGAAAUACACAAGCUUUUGUCAAUAUUAAUUUGGCAUGUUGUACGGGUGACUAUUGCAACGAUGGAGAUUUUCCAGAGCUACCACCAAUGGAAGGAGAAGUAACUCAGCUAAGUGCCGAUACCAGUGGUUUAUUAAAAAUGACAUUUGCUAUAUUGGGGCCAUUCGUCGUUAUAUCUAUACUGGCAUAUAUAGCUGUAUAUUUUAUAAGACAAAAUCACCGAAAGCGUUUAGAAUAUUCCAGAACUAAACAAGAUCCCGAUGCAUAUUUGGUUAAUGAUGAGCUCUUAAGGGUAACCAGCGCAGGUGACAGCACUUUAAGGGAAUAUUUACAACACUCAGUAACUUCAGGUUCUGGUUCAGGCCUUCCUCUGCUUAUACAAAGAACAUUGGCAAAACAGGUCACUUUAGUGGAGUGUAUUGGUCGCGGUAAAUAUGGUGAAGUCUGGCGGGGUCAUUGGCAUGGUGAAAACAUAGCGGUUAAAAUAUUUUUCAGUCGUGAUGAGGAAUCCUGGAAACGUGAAACUGAAAUUUAUAGCACCGUGCUUUUACGCCAUGAGAAUAUUCUUGGUUUCAUUGGUUCGGAUAUGACAUCGCGCAAUUCUUGCACACAGUUAUGGCUUUUAACUCAUUACUAUCCUCAUGGCUCCUUAUUUGAUCAUUUGAAUCGAAAUGCUUUGAGCCAUAGAGAUAUGAUUCUAAUAUGUCUCUCAAUAGCCAAUGGCUUGGUACAUUUGCAUACGGAAAUUUUUGGUACAGAGGGUAAACCUGCCAUGGCUCACCGUGAUUUAAAAUCAAAAAAUAUUUUGGUCAAACCUAAUGGCACUUGUGUUAUUGCUGAUUUUGGUUUAGCCGUCAUGCACUCAAAUGUUACGGGCAAGUUGGAUUUGGGAAAUAAUCCAAAAGUGGGUACAAAACGUUAUAUGGCUCCCGAGGUUUUAGACGAAAGCAUUGAUAUGUUCAACUUUGAAGCUCUAAGACGUACCGAUAUUUAUGCAAUGGGUUUGGUUAUAUGGGAAGUAUGUAGACGCACAAUAUCGUGUGGCAUUGCUGAAGAAUACAAAGUACCAUUCUAUGACGUUGUACCAUCCGAUCCAAGUUUUGAAGAUAUGCGUAAAGUUGUGUGUGUCGACAAUUAUAGGCCGUCCAUACCUAAUCGAUGGAGUUCAGAUCCGCUACUGGCGGGCAUGUCGAAACUUAUGAAAGAAUGCUGGCAUCAAAAUCCAAAUGUACGCCUACCGGCUUUGCGUAUUAAAAAGACUAUUUCGAAACUCGCUUCCGCAGAUGAGAAAUUGCGGCUUGACUAUGAUGAAGUGUGUGUUUAAUGAAACAUAGUUGUUAGGUUUUUUUUUUAUAUAUACUAAAAAACAAUAUUCUUAAUUAUUAUUUCUUAGUUCUACACCAGAGUGCAGUGUAGUAGUUUUUUUUAAGUGGCCUUAGUUAAGUAUCUUGUUCCUAGUUGAUGCAGUGGUGACAAUACAGAUUUUGACUAGGAACGAGAUAUGUUGCCUUUUACCGCAAACCACUUCUCGUUUUCGCGAAAGUUUUAUGUCGCAGCAAACUGAGAGGAAAUACAGCUGAACGAGCGAAAGCUGUGUUUGAAAUAACCAAUUGCAAUUUUUACAUUUACUACUACAAUACAUGCAUACAGAUUAGAAAUGUAAUAUUUGACAUUCUUAAAUGUUAAAUAGUACAAUUGCAUAAAAACAAACAAAAUACAAACGUUAGAGAAUAAUAAUAGCUUUUUGUAAAAAAAAGUACACAUUUAAGAUAUACAGCAAGAAAACAAAGUACAAUCAGGUUAUUGUACUUUUUGAUUGAUGAUUGAACAAAAAUCCCUGCAUUUCAUAUAAUUACAUUUGCAGCAGCAGCAGCUAUUUAUAUAUUUUGCAUCUAAUCCAAUAUGUGGAAAACUUGAUCAAACUCUAUAUUGACUUAAGAACGCUAUUUAUAGUGCCUUGUUUUGACAGCCUAUUGAAUACCAACACAUUUGCCUUACAAUGAACCAUUGAUGUUCCAUCUCAAAAGUGUCUACACUUAAUACCAUAUUCUUAUUCGAAAUUGAGAACUACAUAAUGCAGCUUUAAACAAACAUGCUUCCAUUUUUAUUAUUAUGCAUUCAUUCGUUUUUUGUUAUCUCGCUUUUUAUUUCCAUCGUGUGCCAUUUUCAAAUCAAAUUUCAAUGUAUCACCUUCGUCUUGUGAUCGAAAAUAAUGUUAUUUUCUCUUUUAUUUUUAUACUUCAAACAAAAUCGAUCUGUAGUUUACUUUAGUUUAGUU